AUACAGUUAUAUAUCCUUCUAUUCCCACUUUGUCCAUUGAUUCACAGAGACAUAGACACCUUAACACCACAAAUUAAUAAUGGCCACCGCCGGCGCCGCCGCCACGUCAUACUUCUUCGGCACACGCCUCACAACCUCAACCCCAUCUUCGGGAAGGUUCCACGCCCUCUUCAACCUCGGCACCAAGAAGGCACCACCAUCUCCACCACAGAAGAAGAAGGAGCCUGCGAAGCCGGCAAAGGCGGCGAAGCCAUUCUCCUCCGGUGACCGUCUCGUGUGGUUCCCGGGCGCACAGCCACCAGAAUGGCUCGAUGGAUCAAUGAUCGGAGACCGCGGAUUUGAUCCCUUUGGGUUCGCGAAACCCGCAGAGUACCUUCAGUUCGAUUUGGACUCGCUGGACCAAAACCUGGCGAAGAACGAGUAUGGCCAAAUCAUCGGAACAAGGAUUGAGACCUCAGACGUGAAACCGACGCCAUUUCAACCGUACUCGGAGGUUUUUGGAAUUCAGAGGUUCCGUGAGUGUGAACUUAUUCAUGGAAGGUGGGCCAUGCUUGGUGCUCUUGGUGCUUUGGCCGUUGAAGCUUUGACCGGUGUUGCGUGGCAAGAUGCUGGGAAGGUAGAGCUAGUGGAAGGAUCAUCAUACUUGGGACUACCACUUCCAUUCUCACUAACAACACUGAUAUGGAUUGAAGUGUUAGUGAUUGGAUACAUUGAGUUCCAAAGAAAUGCAGAGCUUGACCCAGAGAAAAGGCUAUACCCUGGAGGCAAGUUCUUUGACCCACUUGGAUUGGCAAAUGACCCUGAAGAGAAGGCAAGGCUUCAACUUGCUGAAAUCAAGCACUCUCGUUUGGCCAUGGUUGUCUUUCUCAUCUUUGCAAUUCAAGCUGCCACAACAGGGAAAGGACCCAUCAGUUUCAUUGCUACCUUCAACAAGUGAGAAACAAAUCACACGUAACUUUAGCUCCUCAUUAUUCAACCUUAUUGUACAAUUUUUUGUUGAUUUCUUUUCUGUACACCAAGAAAUGAGAACUACUGCUAUGUAUAACUUUAAAACUUUGUGUUAAUGAUGAUGUAUGUAUCUAUGUACUUUGUUGACUUUUGUAUUAAUACUAUAUAGAUUUAAUUUUAA